AUGUUAUAAAGGCUGAUUGAAAAUAUUCUAUAAGUAAUUUUUAGGAUCUAAACUGUCUAUAAUGGUAUUUAAGUGCAGGGUUAAGACUGUUCUGAAAUUAUCUAUUCCAUUUACGCAAAUAUAUUUUUCACUAUAUGUAUCAAUAAUAGUUAUGAUCAGAAAAAAAUAAAAGAAAUUAUUAUAAUUAUUUAGGAUAGAGAUCGAUUAUUUAUUAAUUAAUUUGUUUCUUUCUUUGUUUGUCAAGUGAUAUAGUGCAAAGAAACUAACAUAUAAUUAAUUAAAAAGAGAUUCUAUUUAGAAUCUCCCUGA